GCAGCGCCUGGCUACUGUCAUAUGCUAUAAAUCCACCUCUGUAUAUUUAGACAGUCCUUUUCUUCAAGUCGCCGUGUCCUUAAGCCCAGGCUCCACACUAGCAGCUUGUACUACUCCUUCAGUAAUGGCUGCAGACCAGGCUUUUGUGACAUUGGCUACCAAUGACAGUUACGCCCGGGGAGCUAUGGUAUUGGGAAAGUCCCUGCGAAACCACAACACUACAAGGAAGCUGGUAGCCCUCAUUGGCCCACAAGUUUCAGAGCCAUGCAAGGGAGUGCUGCAGAGGAUCUUUGAUGAGGUGCGGCUGGUGGAUGUGCUGGACAGUGGAGACACCGCACACCUGGCCAUGAUGAAAAGACCAGACCUGGGUGUGACCUUCACCAAACUCCACUGCUGGACCCUUACACACUACUCCAAAUGUGUGUUUAUGGAUGCAGACACUCUGGUGCUGUCCAACAUUGAUGAGCUGUUUGACAGAAAGGAGUUGUCCGCUGCCCCUGACCCUGGCUGGCCUGACUGCUUUAACUCUGGUGUGUUUGUGUUUUGUCCUUCAAUGGAGACAUAUGGCAAACUGCUACAGUACUGCACUGAACAUGGCAGCUUCGAUGGAGGUGACCAAGGAAUCCUUAAUGGUUUCUUUGGUGACUGGGCAACAGCUGACAUCUCCAAGCAUCUUCCAUUUAUCUAUAACCUCAGCAGUAUAGCCAUCUACACAUAUCUCCCCGCAUUUAAACAGUAUGGUGGCAAUGCCAAGGUUGUUCAUUUCCUUGGUAAAACCAAGCCAUGGAAUUACACCUUUGACCCCAAAGCCAAGCGCAUUUCUGGCAGUUUGCAUGAAGCCGCGUCACACCCCACCUUCCUCAUGGACUGGUGGAUGCUGUAUUCCAGUGCAGUGGUGCCUCUGAUGUAUGAGCAGUAUGGAGACCAACCUUUCCACUCUGGAUGUGUGGAGGGGGAGAGCCCAUUGCAAGCGCAAGCUCUUGCACCUCUCAUGUCAUCAGAGGAGCGGAAGGAGAAAUGGGAGCAGGGUCAGGCUGACUACUUGGGAAUGGACUCGUUUGAUAAUAUCCAGCGAAAGCUGGAUAGCUUCCUCAAAUGAAGCAGUGAUGGUCUGAUGUGAGAAGAGCACUUACAGUUCAACAAAUGUCACCCAGGCUUCAGCUUAAAGUGUGUUUGAGAAGUUGAGGCACUUCCUCAGUACUUCACACUGGGUCCUUAUGGGUAAAUGCCCAGAAAAAGUGAAUGUCAGAACUCCCAGGAGAAACUUUGAUCUAAAAUGAUACAUAAAGUCUACAUUCAAUUUACACAAAUAUGUUUUGUCAUUGUGCAGCAUGUAAUUUUUUUUCAAAAUGUUACAGACCACACCAUUGGGAAGUGGGCAACAGGAGUUGAACUGGUUUUGUCUGAGUCAUUUACUCUAUAUCAUUCUUUUUUCUUUCUUCUUUUUUGUACAUCUGUCUGUUUCUUUGUUUUUCCUUCAAAUGUCUUUUCUCCUACUUCAGAUUUACUUAAAACAUGUUUACAUUGCCUCUGAAAGUUAUACGCUUUACCGGAUAUCAUAUCUGUGCCUUAGGGUUUCUACUGCCAUUCUAUACUUGCAUUAGCAUUACUGUGUGCAAACUUCAAUUAGGAUUUUAACAUGCUGGUCCUCAUUUGAGAAUAAUGUCCUUUUGCAUUGUUUUUCCCAUACUAAAUAUUAAAAAUAUAAUUUUAACUCAA